UGUGUGUAUGAUGUGUGGAGAAAGAAUCGCUCGCGCGCGCGCGCGACACGCUCUCGGGCAUGCUCGUAGCGGCAGAAAAGGAAGAGUGUCGCGGCGGACCGGCGGCGACGAUGUGACCGAGACCGAGCGGUGCGAGCGCGAGCGCGAGACACAUCUUCGAGGAGGCCCGGAUGUUUUCGUCGACGGACGGUGAUCCAUGAUGAACCUUACCGCGGGCAACGCGCACGGCAACGGCCUGCUCUACGCCGGCUUCAAUCAGGACCAAGGAUGCUUCGCCUGUGGCAUGGAAAACGGGUUCCGAGUAUAUAACUGUGAUCCAUUAAAGGAAAAAGAAAGACAUGAUUUCAGUGACGGUGGUCUUGGAUAUGUUGAAAUGCUUUUCAGAUGUAAUUAUCUGGCAUUGGUCGGGGGUGGAGCUAAGCCGAUGUACCCUACAAACAAAGUCAUGAUAUGGGACGAUAUAAAGAAAUUACCAGCGAUUACUUUAGAAUUCAAUGCACCAGUGAAAGGGGUCAAAUUGCGGAGGGACAGGAUAGUAGUAGUGCUAGAAGGUGUUAUAAAGGUUUACACGUUUACACAAAAUCCCCAACAAUUGCAUGUAUUUGAAACUAAUCCUAAUCCACGAGGAUUGUGCGUUCUCUGCCCGAACAGCAACAAUUCCUUACUUGCCUUCCCUGGACGAAAAAAUGGCCAUGUACAAGUUAUAGAUCUGGCUAAUACGGAGAAGCAGCCCUUAAAUAUAGAAGCACAUGAAACGCCUUUAUCUUGCAUAGCUUUAAAUCUGCAGGGUACCAGACUGGCUACUGCCUCAGAGAAAGGUACUCUGAUAAGAGUAUUUGACACUCAAAAUGGUAAUAUGAUUAACGAAUUAAGAAGAGGAGCGAAUCAUGCAAAUAUUUAUUGCAUAAAUUUUAAUCAUGAUUCUACGUGGCUGUGUGUUGCCAGUGAUCAUGGUACUGUACACGUAUUCGCCGUUGAAGAUCAAAAACUAAAUCGCCAAUCUAGUUUAGCGUCUGCCACGUUCCUGCCAAAGUACUUCAGCUCAAGUUGGAGUUUCUGUAAAUUUCAAGUGCCGGGCGGUCCGCAGUGCAUGUGUGCGUUUGGUCAGGAUAACAAUAGCAUCAUAGUGAUAUGCGCAGACGGCAGUUAUUACAAAUUCGUGUUCAACAACAAGGGUGAGUGCACGAGAGACUUUUACGCACAGUUUCUUGAAUUGACCGACGACAAAGCGUGAUUGGAGGAUAUAGAACUGCGGUGAAUUCCUAACCGCGCAACGAGAGACGACUUUCGUGUUCCUUCGUUGUUUUCACUUAUUUCAGCAGUAAACAGACGAGCAGAUACGGCUCGAAAAUACAUCGCAUUAGAAAUUGCAACACACGAACUGUUUGUAUAGGAGAAUUAAUGUUCGUACUGAACGUUAUGAUAGAGGACCAAAUGAAGAGUUCUAUUAAUUGUUAGUGAUACCAUUCGUUGGUGUAUUGUGCGCGAGUUUUCGAAAAGAAAAAGAAAAAAAGAAAAGAAAGAUUAUUGACAGAUCGAAUUGACGAAAGAUACGUUAAUAGAGAUUAUGUCACAAACUUGUUACACGCGCGAGCCUAUUCGCUGACGCUUAUUAAUAAAAAAGCAAAUUUUUAAAUAUAACAAACAGAAGGAAUACUCUCUCCCCAGGUGAUAACGGGGAUAUCGCAGGUUACUUGUUGGCGUGAUACUCACGUUUUCUUACAUUUUAGAUAAAGAUGCUGCUGCAGCUAACUAAAGCGAAUAUUGCCCAUAAAUCAUCAUUGUGGCAAAAAAAAGCAAAUAAUCACUUUUUGUAGCUUUGCAGUACGAGCUUCGCAAUGCAAUCAUGUAUCCCUAUUGAUCAUGUGUUUCGUAGUUUCGUAAAUUUUUUCGUUAUAUAUAAAUGCAAUUACUAUAAAUGAUAUACAUCCCUAUCCUUUGACGAUUUCAGAUAGAUUGUUAUAAUCGCAUUCGUUUCAAGCGAUUCGACGAACACUUUGUUUUGUAGCCGGAUCAUAUCAUAUAUACGUCAUAUACAUAUGUAUCGUAUUGAAGUAUAUUGUAAUUUUUAUUUUUACGUUUUUCCAUACAUUUAAUAUACAUAUACACAAGAGAAGUGAUUCUAUACUUUAUAUCACACGGAUAUCGCCCCAGAUAAUGAGGUUGUAAUUUCACAAACAAGUUGGAUUUAAAUAAUAAAACUAUUAUGCCAC